CGACACUCAGGACUUGUCCGUUCGAAGUGGAUGUAAAGUCUGUUUAAAAAACUCGUCAGUUCUCUUAAACCGUUUAAAGACUUUUGUUCUAUUUAUUUCUUAUUUAUACAUAGCUUUACUGGAUAUAAUGUUGUUACUUCAUCAUAACAUAUGACGGGAAAAGUUUUAUGUUUGGAACCACACCACCGAACGUACAUGCAAACGGCACUUGCAUUUGUGACCCUCGAUUGAGUUAUUGCCGUGUAGAUUUUUAAGAGCUAUUUUAUUUAAAGUAUUGUUAUUUUCUUGCGAGGAAAUAUCACAUCAUCUUGGAUUUAAAGUAAAACGAAUGGACAACGAAACACCACAACAUGCCCCUUGUUACGACGAAGGACUGUUGCAACCACACGACACCUUGAUCUCCGAGUUAUUUGAUUUUAUGCGUAUCGAAUUGGAAACCGAACCCGCUGGUAUUGACAGAGAGGAAAGGACGUGUUCUAAAAAUGUCAUGCGAAAGCAGCGUAACUGGGAAAGAAAAGUGGAGACGAAGAAAAGUAAAAGAAAAGAGGAGAAACAAAGGAAGAAGCUCAACAGUCAAAAUAAAGAUAUUUAUGGACCACAGCUAAGUAAGCGUGUCAUUAAAGCAAUUACAAAGGAGAGACUGGAGGAGGCCAGAGAUUCAGGACUGCGUCUGUGUGUGGACCUCAGCAUGACCGAUCAUAUGUCACAUAAAGAAAUCAGCCGUCUUGCAGGUCAGAUAAGGCGCCUCUAUGGAUCCAACAAGAAGGCUUUACACCCGUUCCACCUUUUCCUGACAGAUUUGAAAGAGGACAGUCUGCUGUAUAAAGAAUGUGUUAGGAUGAAUGACGGCUUCAAGAAUUAUUUGAUUGAUGUGACGGGGGAGAGUUGGUGCCAUCUAUUUCCCUCAAAUGAUGUGAUAUAUUUAACCCCAGACGCAAGUGAAGCUUUGGAACACUUGGAGGAAAAUAAAGUUUAUAUCUUAGGGGGUUUAGUGGAUGAAAGCAUAAAAAAGAAAAUAACCUUUACAAGAGCAAAAGAGCUUGGAGUCCGCAUGGUAAGACUGCCUAUUGAUGAGUACAUGGUGAAGAGGUCCAACCCCAAAAACUUCCACUCCAAAAUCUUAGCCAUCAAUCAAGUGUUUGAAAUCCUGCUGGCUUUUUAUGAGACCAAAGAUUGGACAACAGCACUUGCUUCUGGUAUCCCACCUGGAAAGGGAUACAUGGUGAUGUCACAAGCAUCUACAGAGGUCAGACUGUGAUCGGCCCUCCAGAGGAGCUGUGAGCCAGCAUGGUCCAUAAAAUUAAUGGCAGGCUUUGGUUACACUGACAUUUUUGUGGCCUUGCCCAAUAUACAUUCACCAUGUUUACAACAUUAUGUAUGGCAUGUUUCCCCAGGUGCCAGCUAAUAUUUCAAAUAACAGUAUCUUUUGUAUCAUUUUUAAUAAUACUGAAUAAUUGUUUCAGGAAAAGUUUUUUGUCAGUAUUAAAGAGAUCAGGAUUGAAAAACUGAUAUUCUUCAAUGUC